AUGUCAGAGAGAAAGGUGCUGAACAAAUACAUCCCUCCGGAUUUCGAUCCUGGACUUUUGAAAAAGCAUCGUCACAUUUUAAAGAGCGAUGGGUUCGGAAGGAAACGUUCAGGCUUUGCCAAAAAGUUUGGUCUGCAUGGCAGAGUCCUGGAGAUUCGUAUGAUGUUUCCAUUCACCUUUAGAUGCGAAAGUUGCAGAGAUUUUACUUAUGUUGGCACAAAGUUCAACAGCAAAGUACAGAGGAUCGAGGAGAAUUAUUUGGGCAUACAAAAGUAUCGGUUUUAUGGAAAAUGUCCAAACUGUAAUCACAUGAUUAUCUUCAAGACUGACCCAAAGAAUGGAGACUAUACACUUGAAUCCGGAGGAACAAGGACCUAUGACGCGAAUAGAGAUGCGCAACUUGCAGCUGAAGCUGUUGAUAAAGAAGAGGAGGCAAAGGCGGAGAAGCAGGACACAACGGAGCGUAUGCUUGACAAGGCGAACCACGCCUACGCGGAAUACGAGGAGCUAGAGAGACUCACUGCACUUAAAAAGCGAGCUGGACGUAUGCGCGAGCGUGAGCACCUCGCGGAUUUAACCCUCAAGAAGAUCAUGCAGGAAAAGUUUGAAUCUGCAGCCAAUGAGGAUGAACUAGAGGCCUUUAGAAGGGACCAGGAAAAGGCUUGUGCAGAGGGUUCCCUCGGAGAGGACGACUGGAACGAGUUUUACUGGCAGGAGGCCAUUGAUGACGAUGCACUCGAUGCAGAUGGUACUGUCUCUGAAUCUCUUGAUCAAAAUGGUAAUGGUCCAGCUGCUGACUUAUCUGAAGAGGCUCCUGAUGAGACUGAAAGCGCUCCAGUGGACACUUGGGUCAGCUCUAGCAAUCGCAAACAACAGCUCUCGAAGCAAUCGCAGGUCCCAGACGUAUUUAGCAACGAGUCUGCAAAAAAGAAAAGGGCGGACGCUCCAAACGAAAAGUACAAGGGGAUUAAAGUUUUACAAAAGAAGGAAGAGGUGAACCUCUUGAGUGGUUACGAUAGUGAUGAUUAA